GGCGGCCGUCCAGAAGUCGAAUGGCAUUAGCCCAGCUAGCUGUCAGCAGCUCACCUCUAGCAGACUACUAAAUACCAAAGGCGAAGGUUGACAGUCCUGUAAACUAGUGCUAGUUAACAGUGCUGUAAACGAAAAAUCUAGCUCUGCUGAGUGCUCGCAAAAUUCAAAGUUAGUCUAUUACUAAUAAAUUAGCACAGAUUAAAUUAGACGCAAUGAGGAGCCUGUUGGUGUAUUUGUUGGUUGCCUUUGCGCUUGUGUUGUGGCUGCCCUAUGGAACUGCCGACGAAAGUUGCUCCGCUUCGGCGAUGCAAGCCCAUUGCUUUUUCGAACAGGAGAAUUCCAAGUUGCGUGAACGUUACCAUGCCGAAUAUUCCGCUGCCUAUGCGUACAACACUAAUGUGACGGAGGAAAAUCGUCGUGCCAUGAUAGCGGUCUAUGCGGACAGUGCUACCCAGAACAAGCUGUUGGCGCAGACGAUUAGAGCAGGAAACUAUGCCAAGUCGGAAGAUGCAAAUAUACGAAGACAGGCUCGAAUGUUACAGGAGCUGGGCGCAGAUGUACUCGAUCCUAGAGACUACCUAGAGCUACAGAAUGCGAUAAGCUCCAUGCAAUCCAAUUAUGCCACUACCACUGUUUGCUCCUACACGAAUCGUAGUGACUGCUCCUUGACGUUGGAGCCGCACAUCCAAGAGCGCCUGUCGAACAGUCGUGAUCCUGCCGAGCUUGCCUGGUAUUGGCGUGAGUGGUAUGACAAGGCGGGCACACCUAUGCGCGAAAACUUUGCCAAAUAUGUGCGAUUGACGCGCAAGGCAGCAAAUCUGAAUGGUUAUCGUUCAUAUGCCGAUUACUGGGUACACUUCUAUGAAGAUGCCAACUUUGAGAGCCAGCUAGACUCCACCUACAAGGCCCUGCUACCAUUCUAUAGACAAGUUCAUGGUUACGUUAGGUAUCGUCUUCGCCAGCAUUACGGACCUGAGGUGGUCCCUGCUGAAGGCAACAUUCCUAUGCACUUGCUGGGCAAUAUGUGGGGGCAGUCGUGGAACGAAGUCAUCGAUCUAUUCACACCGUAUCCGGAGAAACCGUUCGUGGACGUCAGAUCGGAAAUGGAGCGACAGGAAUAUAGCGUUCAAAAGCUAUUCGAGCUGGGAGAUCAGUUUUUCCAAUCGCUUGGUAUGCGAGCUCUGCCGACAACUUUCUGGAAUCGAAGUGUGCUUACACGACCCACAGAUCGUGAAGUAGUUUGUCAUGCCUCUGCCUGGGACUUUUAUCAAGACAGCGAUGUUCGCAUCAAAAUGUGCACUGAGCUGAACACGCAUUACCUAUACGUGGUGCACCAUGAGUUGGGCCAUAUUCAAUACUACUUGCAGUAUGAGCAUCAGCCCGCUGUUUAUAGAGGAGCGCCAAAUCCAGGCUUCCAUGAAGCUGUGGGUGAUGUCAUAGCGCUGUCGGUUAUGUCCGCCAAGCACCUGCAGAGCAUUAACCUCACCAGCAAUGGAACUCUAGACGAACAGAGCCGUAUCAAUGAGCUAUUCAAGCAAGCGCUCUCGAAGAUUGUUUUUCUUCCCUUUGGGUAUACUAUGGAUAAGUAUCGAUAUGCCGUGUUCCGCGGUGAUCUAGAUGAGUCGCAGUGGAACUGCGGCUUUUGGCAGAUGCGUUCCGAAUUUGGUGGCGUCGAACCACCAAUGGCUCGCAAUGACAAAGACUUUGACCCCCCUGCCAAGUAUCACAUCGAUGCAGAUGUUGAGUACUUGCGCUACUUUGCUGCACAUAUAUUCCAGUUCCAGUUCCACAAGGCUUUAUGCCGUCUAGCUGGACAAUAUGUGCGUGGCGACAGUAGCCGCACUUUGGACAAUUGCGAUAUCUUUGGCAGCAGAAGGGCGGGUGAUGCAUUCAAGAAAUUCUUGUCGGCUGGCAACUCGAGGCACUGGAAAGAAGUCUUGGAAGAGUUCACGGGAGAGACUGAAAUGGAUCCAGCUGCGCUUCUCGAAUACUUCGAUCCACUCUAUCAAUGGCUCAAGCAGGAGAACAAACGCUUAGGUGUUCCUUUGGGUUGGGAAGAUACCAACAAAAUCCCAUCCAGCUGCUGUGGCGCCUUUAGUACUUAACUCAACAAAUCUCCUUUUCGUUGCAUACAAAAUUAAGUUGACUUUUAACCAUAUAAAAAUUCUUACUAACUAAACUUAAUGCAACAAUUCGACAGUUUAUUUAAUACCUAAUUGAACAUCAAAAUAAACUAAGUCGAGUUUCUCAGGCCAUUACUUAAGAACAUUAUUCACUUUUUAUAUUCUUGACGAUGUGGAUCGAACAAAGAAUAAGCUCGCCAAAAUCGAAGCUUAAGCAUAAAGAAGCAAAUUAGAAUAAUAAAUUAGAAUAAUACAACAAAAGUUCACUGUAAACCAAAAAUUAAAAAUAAACCUCAACUUAAAGAACUUUACUUUCAUGCGUCUAAGCACUUGAUAGUUCUAAAAUUGAGAGAAGAGCCAACAUUUUAUACAGAUAUUUAAGAUUUGUAAUAUUUUUAAUAGAAAGCCCACACUUAUCCGAAA